AUGCUAUCUCGCCUUCAACCUCCAUCCACCCAGGCGGUACUAGAACCUUUUAUAUUCUCCGAAACACGCUGGCUUGGUGGGGACCACGACGGAUAUCCCUUGGUAUCAUUUGAGAAUUACCUAAAAGUUCGUCAAUAUCGGUCACAGCAAUCUACGACAAGUGGUGGCCGCAAUGUUCAGCUAGAUGCAGCCAGAUUUCAGGCACUGCUUACCUUUGGUCUUUUGGAGGCCAUUUUGGAAGAGAAAAUCCCCGAAGCCGAGCUAGUAUAUGUGCAGGAUGAGUGUGAAAGACAACUGGAUCCGACGGCUUUACCACCCCGAGUGUUAAGGAGUCGAAAUAUCCCAAGUCAUCUUUCCCGAUGGCGGCGUCGUAUUCAAGGUCUAGGGGCCGGUGACGAAGCUCGGCAUAUGGCGAAGCGUAUGCAGACUACACUUAGAAAAGCCCACGGGCUUUUGAUGCUCGAGACGCUGCAUCCCCGAUAUAGCCUGUUCCAAGCCGCGGGACUGGAUGAAAGGGAUAUUGCACAAAUUUUGCUCCAGAUUGGUUCCCUGGCCGAAGCACUCGUGUCAUCAAGUUAUGUCUUUGCGACCAACAUCCCGCGCCAGGGGUUUUCGUGGACUUUUCUCCAGGCGCGGAUGAAUGUGGUACACAAAGAUAUGCUUUCCAGGGGCUGGUGCCCAUUUACGGUUCCGAUGCUCUCGGAUACUUUAACCGAGCUAGGCUAUGUGAGCGUUACGGAGCCAGUCAUUCGGGAGUCAUCAGCUGGCCAUGGCAACUGUAGUGAGAAGGGCUGUGUGAUCAAUACACUAGAUUAUAAUACCUAUGAGCCACAGCACGCGGAACAAAAUUGCAAUUGUCAAAUUUUGCAUGCCAAACGGAGUGCUGAUUAUCUUUCUGAAGGGAAAGUCCCAGUCAUCCAGUGCCAGGCUUCGAGUCCUAUCAGGAUAAAUCUUGGCGAUGCCUCAGGAAUGCCGUAUGUUGCCAUAUCUCAUGUGUGGGCAGACGGGCUUGGCAGUACGGCUGAAAAGGGCCUGCCCUCUUGCCAGGUCAAACGAUUGAGCAUCCUGGUAGAAAGCCUAAUGCCUGGUGGGGCUUUCUGGAUUGAUUCGCUCUGCGUUCCUGAGAAUAGGGAUGUACGCAAAGAAGCAAUCCGGCUCAUGGCUCUUACCUACAGGAAUGCUGCCAUCGUGCUUGUUAUUGAUUCUGGCAUCCGAUCGGUCUCCAUAUCCGCCCCUCGUGAGACUAAAUUACUCAGGGUGGUGAGCUCAGGUUGGAUGCAAAGAUUGUGGACCCUACAAGAAGCGGUGCUGGCUAAAAAGUUAGUGUUUGAAUUCAGAGACGGCCUGGUGAGCCUGGAGGAUUUGGUUCCCAUCGGCGAAGAACUUUUCAGCGGAGUGACAUCUUACUUAGCAAGUGAGAUAUAUCGGCUGAAAAAGCAUAGAGAGACACAGCUUACCCUCAGUGAUGUGGCUCGGGGUCUUUGUUGGCGUACGAGCAGCAAGCCCGGGGACGAAACUCUCGCAAUAUCCGGUCUUCUGAACGUGGAUGCUUUGGAGUUAGCCAACCUCCCAGCUACGGAGCGCAUGGCCAGGUUCCUGCACAGAGUUUACCAUCUUCCUGCUGGGAUCAUCUUUCUUUCCGGCCCCAAACUAACCCAGGAAGGAUUUACCUGGGCGCCUAGAUCUUUCAUGAGAGCAAAAGAAUCUAGCAUUCCGUUUGCAGCAUAUGACGGGGUCUGCACUCCUAGCGGUCUGGUGGCACAAUACCUUACUCUGAAUUUCCAGAGGGCUACUAUUGACAGGCAAAGUGUGUGGGCAGUCCAUGAUGUCUCACAGCAGCGGAUUUACAAGAUCACCGACAUUUGGCUAGAUGAUGAAGCAAAAGAAAUGGGAUACCCCAGUACUUAUGAAUGUGACCAUGUACUGUUACCCAAAUCCAUCGCUCCAUCGGACACAAGUCAUUGUGUAGCCGUGCUGGAACUGGAUAGUGACGAUCAAACCCGAGUGACAUGUCGAUUUCAGAAAAGACUUAUCAUCCAGAGCAUCUCGCACAUUGAAUUCGGCAAGGAAACUAUUCCCAUAUGUUUGGAUGCAACUCUCACGCAUCUCAGUAUGAAGGUAACAUAG